UUCUCUUUGUUUGAUAUUUAUCAGCAUACUUAUGGUUUGAAUGCGUUGGCUAAUACGACCAAAGGUACUUUUUCGGUUUCACCGAAAUCUCUAGCCGCCACUGCCGCGGUUUUUAGUGCUAUCAGCAAUCUAUGGCCAUUUAUAGCCUUUGGUACACUCCUUAUAUGUCCCGUUUUUUUAACACUUGCGGGGUUCACUUAAGGCAUAUCAACCUGACGAUUCUAACGGGUUACAUGAGUUCUCAAGGGCUUUUGCGUCGUAUUUUUUCUACCAACCUUAGGACGCCAUUUCAGUCCCUUUUUAGGAAAUCUUUGACAAAAUAGAGAACGGUUUAUUGGGUGCUUUCAGUCAAAUUGAGUUAUAGGAGACUUAACAAAGAUGAAGAGUAUUCCCUGUACAUAUACCUAGACUGCAUGGUGUAUUUUUUUUACUAAAAUAUAGGGUGCUUACCAACUGCCGCCAGUUGCAGCCACCUGCGAGAUAAGAUGGCUUACAUCUUACAAACAACACGCCAUUUAGGAUUCCAAAAUAACAGUGAUAAACAUCUGAUGCGUUACUAUAUGCGGCUCAACGAACGCAUCAGUAGAGAAGAUGGAAGCCCAUCAUAACGCGGUAUCAUCAAUCUCUGAGCGAUUGCGGCAAUUCUACGCGCAACGCCAACCAUUCCGAGUCUACCAUGGUUCCACAAAUAGCACGCGUACCUCAGAGAAGAACCGCGACAACACAGUAGACACUAGCGGCCUCAACCGCGUUUUAUCAAUCGACAAUGUGAAGAAAACCGCGUUGGUCGAGCCCAACGUCCCAAUGGACGUCCUCCUCGACGCCGCCAUGCAGAACGGGCUAGUACCAUUGGUCGUCAUGGAAUUCCCGGGCAUCACCGUAGGCGGCGGCUUCAGCGGCUCAGCCGGUGAGAGUAGUUCAUGUCGCCAUGGACCGUUCGAUUCAACUGCCAAUUGGAUUGAAAUUGUUCUUCCAGAUGGAGAAAUCGCGAGAGCUUCUAAAACAGAGAAAAAUGAUCUCUUUUGGGGCGCCGCAUCGGGUUUCGGAACGAUUGGCGUUGUUACACUGCUGGAGAUUCAGCUUCGAGACGCCACAGCCGUCAUGGAACUCACGCAUUACCCCGCAGAUAAUGUCGCAGAGGCUUGCGGGAAAAUAAAGGAGGAGGUUGGGAACCCGGCUGUAGAGUAUGUCGAUGCGAUCGCGUUUUCUCCCAAGUCAGUCGUGGUCUGUUCCGGUCGUCUCGUCGACGCCGUACCCGCAGGUUCCAAGCUGCGACACUACCUGCGACGUCGAGAUCCUUGGUUCUACCUCGACGUCCAGAAAAGAGCAUCGAAGGCGAAGAAACCAGUUGUCGACUAUGUCCCAUUAGUCGACUACCUAUUCCGAUGGGAUCGCGGUGGAUUUUGGGUCGCUCGAUACGCCUACAGGUAUUUCUUCACGCCUUUUAAUCGGAUCACGCGUUAUGUGCCAGACUCAUACAUGCACGCCCGCGUAAUGUACCACGCGCUUCACAAGAGUCGACUCUCGGAUACUUAUAUAAUCCAAGACGUCGGUGUUCCCUACGACGCCGUUGAUGAAUUUAGCCGGUGGGUAGACCAGACACUGAACAUCUACCCCAUCUGGCUAUGUCCACUCCGAGUACGCCGCGACGCGCCCGACUCGGCACAUGGUCUACACGCAGACUUCGCCGACCCCAAUACUCCAGAAUACAUGCUCAACUUUGGAAUUUGGGGACCCGGACCUAGCGAUUACAAGGAAUUGGUGCGCCUGAACCGUGAAAUCGAGCAUAAGGUACAUGAGCUAGGAGGAAAGAAGACGCUGUAUGCGCAAGCUUAUUAUACCGAGGAGGAGUUCUGGCAGUCCUAUAAUCGGCCUGCGUAUGAUGCCGUUCGCACCAAGUACCAUGCAUCCCAUCUCCCAAGCGUGUACGACAAGGUCAAGGUCGAUGAAAACGCGAAGAGCAAGGUCAUGGAGAAUUCGAGAAUGCCGAAGGCUCUCCGGAAUACCCGACCAUUUCAAGGGUUGUAUGGUGUAUAUAAGGCAUGGCGCGGCGGCGAUUACCUGCUUCAAUCGAUAGCGAAGCAGAGCAAGUCAAACGCUGCCAAGCCGUCGUCGAAACAAGAUUCGCAGGAAGUAUUACAAUGAGUAGAAAGACACGGGUAACGUUCCUACCUACAUAAUUAUGUGAUAUGGUGUCACUACUGGGGACAAGUGUACGUUAGACAACUUUGCUGUAU